CUUUCAUCUAAAUCAUCAGUCAAGUUUACGAACUCAACAAGUGAGCAACCAGUAUACAACCAACUAUUUUUAUCUAAGUAAUAAUUCUUAGUAAAUUCUUUUAAAUAAACAAUUACUACUACAACUUCAAUUAAUCUAUUAAAAAUGAUGUCUAACCAAAUUGUAUCCGCUGUUGUCUGUGGCCUCGUCUUCUUUGCCGCCUUGUCAUCAUGCUAUGGUGCUACAAUGGCUCCCUUGUGUCAACCUGGCAUCUUGGAAGAAAUGCCAACACACAUUAAAAAAGUUUGCAUGGCUUUGGAAAAUUCCGAUCAAUUGUCUACAGCUUUGAAAUCGUACAUUAACAAUGAGGCAGCCACUUUGGUCUCCAAACAAGACGAACUCAUUAACAACUAUGGCAAACGUACCGAUGUCGAUCAUGUUUUCUUGCGUUUCGGUAAAAGACGUUAAAUUAUUCUUCAACAAUAUUAACUGAGCUGACAACUGAUUCCCAACCUCCUACUCCCCCUCUCAAAACUACAACACUGGCUAACGGAAACAAAAUUUGCAAACUUGGAUCAAACAAAUUUGCUCAUGAAUAAGAAAAAUAGUAACUUGUAUAAAUACUUAAAUUGAUCUCUUUGUAAUAUUACAAUAACACCACCCUUUACCAACUUUUACACGUUAAACAAAAACACACACAAUACCAAAUAAAUUAGACGUAGAAAAUUGUUUGAUUGUAAUCAUUGUAGUAUUGUAUAUUGUCAUAAAACAAAUAAUGUACAUAAAUAAAUUAUUGUAAAAAAAAUAAUUAUAACCAUUUCAUUAUUUAAAAAAAAAAACAUCAAUUAAUUACUUAUAUAGUACAUACAAGUCUUUAUGUACAAUGUUUAAUCCAUAUGUGUCAUAAUAUAGAAGAAAGAAAAACUCCUAUACUAACUACCAACACAAAUUAUGUAUACAAUAUGGGGCAGAGCGGUACAUACAUACAUUUUCAAUUCAUACAUAUUUUUUUUAAAAUUAAUUUAUAUGUAAUAUUUAUUAUAAUUU